GAGGGUCAGCCGGACCGGCUUGGCUCCCUGGGCACCUCUGUCAGAGCCCCACCCAGGGCUGCGUGGCACUGCCCAUAUAAGAAGCUCCCGGCCUGGGACUGAGAACUCAGUGCCCGUGCCACCUACAGCUCCGUCUCCGUCGCUGAGUCUUCAGCCUGCAGCCAUGUCCUACCCAGUGACCACUCAGCCCCAGUGCGCCAACACCUGCUACCAGUCGCAGCUCAGUGACUGGCACACGGGUCUCACUGACUGCUGCAACGACAUGCCCGUCUGUCUGUGUGGCACUUUCGCUCCCCUGUGCCUCGCCUGCCGCAUCUCCGACGACUUCGGCGAGUGCUGCUGCACGCCCUAUCUGCCCGGCGGCCUGCACUCCCUGCGCACCGGCAUGCGCGAGCGCUACAACAUCCAGGGCUCCGUCGGGCACGACUGGGCGGCCCUCACCUUUUGUCUGCCCUGCGCCCUCUGUCAGAUGGCGCGGGAGCUGAAGAUCCGAGGGUAGAGACGUUCCCGCUCCGCCUUCCUCCUCCUUCCACUGUCACGCCUGGGCCUGGCCUCCUCUGGCCCCUUCCCGGAGAGUCUGCCGCCCAGCUCCCACUGCCAAAAAUA